AUGGUGUCCCCAGGUCAAUCACAGUCGUUUGAAGACGGAACCGCUGUAAAACAACUGUCAUCGCACACAUAUGAAUCGCAUUUUUAUGACGCCUGGUGUAUAGGAACCGUACCCCACGGUGGCUAUGUGACAUCUAUCUUCCAACGGGUAGCAUCCACCCACUUCAACACCACCCUAGCGGCGCAGAACCAACCGCACACCAUUACGCUUCAUCUAGAUUUCCUCCGACGGACGCAGGCAGGACCAGCUCUCUUCACCGUCCGUGACAUUAAACUCGGCCGUCAAGCCUCAGUCAUCCAUGUCACGCUCACGCAAGCAGGACGAGAAGAAAUCGUCGGCUACAUCACCAACUCCAACAUGCACACCGAAACGGGUGUAUCAUUGCCCACCUCCUGGAGUCUCAAUCCCGCCCCAUUACCAGUUUCCUUCGACCUGCUACUUCGGGACCAAGAUAAGAACUGGUUUCACCUGCCCGAGAUGCCGUUCGCGCCUUUCCGCAAAGCCACGCAGAGGAUGGAGUUCUAUCUCCCACGCCAGGUUGAGCCGAUUAGAAGGAAUUCUGAUCAGUGGGUUACGUUAAAGGGCGGCGAGAAAUGGACGAAUGAAAGCCUAGGUUUCGUGUGUGAUAUGUGGAUUACGCCCGUAGAAACACUUUCAGCCACCCAGCAGGACGUGGCGAAGAGAGUGCCGAUGUGGUAUCCGACGGUGCUGUUGAAUCUUGAUAUUAAGAAGCUGCUUCCGGAGGGGGGCGCAGAGUGGCUUUUUGUUAGAGUCGAGACUAAGCAGGUUAAGAAUGGCAGGAUGGAUCUGGAGGUUGUUAUCUUGGAUGAGACUGGGGAUAUUGUAGCUUUGAGUCAUCAUGUUGCUCUGGCUGUCUCUGCGGAACGGAAUGCUGCUGAGCGUACGACGGGCGCGAGCAAGAUCUAA